UCCCCUCCUCUUCACCACAGCGGAUCACGGCGGCGACUUCGGACGAACACCUUGCCUCGCCGGAGUUGGAGAAGAGGAGAGGAGUUAGAGAGCAAGAUGAUGAUGAUGGGUGAGGGCGCGCACGCGCCGCCGUGGCAGCAGCACGUGGCGUCGCCGGUGAGCGGCGUGGAGGGAGGAGGUGGGAGGGAGAGCGAGGUGGUGGCCGCGCCGUACCACCUGCUCGACACGCUGCGGCAUUACCUGCCGUCGAACGAGGCGGCGGCGGCGGAGGAUGAGGAGGAGGCCGCGGCGGUGGCGGCGGCGGUGGACGCGUACGCGUGCGAUGAGUUCAGGAUGUACGAGUUCAAGGUGCGGCGGUGCGCGCGCGGGCGGAGCCAUGACUGGACGGAGUGCCCCUUCGCGCACCCGGGGGAGAAGGCGCGGCGGAGGGACCCCAGGCGGUACUGCUACUCCGGCACGGCGUGCCCGGACUUCCGCAAGGGCGGGUGCAAGCGCGGCGACGCCUGCGAGUUCGCGCACGGGGUGUUCGAGUGCUGGCUCCACCCGGCGCGCUACCGGACGCAGCCCUGCAAGGACGGCACCGCCUGCCGCCGCCGCGUCUGCUUCUUCGCCCACACCCCCGACCAGCUCCGCGUCCUCCCGCCCUCGCAGCAGCAGGGCUCGAACAGCCCGAGGGGUUGCGGCGGCGGCGGCGCGGGCGCCGCGGCGUCCCCGCUCGCCGAGUCCUACGACGGCUCGCCGCUCCGGCGCCAGGCGUUCGAGAGCUACCUCACCAAGAGCAUCAUGUCGUCGUCGCCCACCAGCACGCUCGUCUCCCCGCCGAGGUCGCCGCCGUCCGAGUCCCCGCCAUUGUCGCCCGACGCCGCCGGCGCGCUCCGUCGCGGCGCGUGGGCAGGAGUCGGCUCCCCGGUCAACGACGUGCACGUCUCGCUCCGCCAGCUCCGCCUCGGCUCCCCGAGGUCGGCGCCGUCGUGCGCCUCCUUCCUCCCCGCCGGCUACCAGUACGGCUCCCCCAAAUCCCCCGCCGCCGCCGCCGCCGCGGCGCUCUACAGCCUCCCGUCCACCCCGACAAGGCUAUCGCCGGUGACGGUCACCACCGCCUCCGGCGCCACCGUCACCGUCGAGCCGCUCGACCUCGGGCUCAUCGAGGAGGAGCAACCCAUGGAGAGGGUGGAGUCCGGGAGAGCUCUCCGGGAGAAGGUGUUCGAGCGUCUCAGCAAAGAAGCCACCGUGUCCACCGACGCCGCCGCCGCCGCCGCCGGCGUCGCGCCCGACGUCGGCUGGGUAUCCGACCUCAUCAACUGAGCAAACCCAACAAGGCGGCAGCCAUGGCUGAGUAAGAAUUUUCCUCAUGCCUCCAUAGUGGAAGCAGAAGGUAGCAGGAAGAGAAGGAAAAAAAAAGAAAAUGGAAAAGUUUUUCCAACCAAAAAAAUUCUAUUAUUUUUUUAUUUUAGUUUCUUGCUUGUUAGAUUCUCCUAAUCCUUGUACAUAUGUUCAUCAUCAUCAUCUACCAUCCUAUGUGAAUAUUCUUGGAUGGAUGUUGGGGGGGCCAGGGAGGCAGGCAAAGGCAAAGGCAGGAUUUGUUUUGGGGUUUUUCUCAGUUCAGUUCAGUUCAGUCCAGAUGGUGGUGGCCAUGGCUGCAGCUGCAGUACAAGAAGAAGAAGAUCAGAAAUGGAUCAAGAUAUGUGGUUAAAUCUUGUUUUGUACAUAGUGUGUGUGUCAAGUGUGUAUUUUUACUUGAGAUCUUGUGGAGAGAUGAAGCAUGCAUAGAGCAUGAUCUGAUGAUCUGAUCACAACAACGGCGAUGAUGAAGAUGAAGAACAAGAAGGUGGUGGUUUGGCCGGAUUCUGCGCCAGUUUCUGCGAUUCCAGAACGUCGUCAUGAUGAUUAUUAUUGUUAUUGCUGUUAAUUAAGUCUGAAGAAUUUAAGCUCGUUUUCGUCGGAUGGUAUAGCCAGCCGAUGGUUCAGCUAGCACCUCCAUUAUUAUUAUCACUAUUGUUCCUCUUUUUUUUUUGUUCAUUUUGUUUCUCAUCAAGAUGGGAUCGAUCCGGCGACAUAUUAUUGCUCUGUAUUUUGAUCAUCAAUGUUAUUGUUGUUUACCUACUGA